CCCAAAUGCCAAAGCCUCGCCGAGACGAUUUUCAUGAGCGCCUGACUGUUGAAGAAAAGCUCCGAUAAUGGCGUGGAUGCAAGUGUUACAGAACGCGAGAUCUGUUCUAAGAACAGCACCACCGUCUUCGAAUCUAACACUCUCUAGAUUCUAUUCCAAACCCGCUCCUUAUGCAGUGAAGGUUGGAAUCCCUGAGUUCUUGAGUGGGAUUGGGGGAGGAGCUGAGACUCACAUUGCUAAACUUGAGACAGAGAUUGGUGAUCUUUCGAAACUGCUUGUGACUCGUACGCUCAGGCUCAAGAAGUUUGGCAUCCCUUGCAAACAUAGGAAACUGAUACUGAAAUAUAGCCAGAAAUACAGGCUGGGGCUGUGGAAACCUAGAGCUGACGCUAUCAAGGCAUGAUUGAUUCAUGUGCUCCUCGAAUUGUUGAGUCUCUGUCACGCUUGGUUUUGCUACUGAAAUUUACUUGUUCUAAGAAUGGUCUAGUUAUAGCAGUGUUGCCAUUUUGCUUGAAACACCGUACCAAUUUUAUUUGCCUUCGUGCACUUGUUUCCUCCAUUGGUCUAGAAACAUUAAGCAGCUAGGCUUGUAAUCAUCCUUAAGCACUAGUUUUCUAAGUGUUGAAUGUGUCGUAGUUAAAAUUUUAUACAGUAUAUUAAUAACAAAAAGAAGUUUAUGAAUAAAAAAAAAAUAAGGGAAAAAAACAAAUUUUUUGCCG